AUCUCUAAAUUAGGAAGAAAAGCAUAGAGAUUAGAGAAAGAGAGGAAGCAAAUAGGCAAAUCUACUUUUUUAAUUAUAGAAAAUUUCAAAACUUUCCUUCUUUUGAGAUUUCCUUCCCUCUUAUUUUAUUUAAUUAAGAGUCAUAAUAACAUUAAUAAGAGUAUAAAAAUAAGGUUUUUAUGUUGAGUUAAUUGGGUUGUUCAUAUCUUCUUUGUUUUACUCCUUAGAAAAAGAAGAAGAAGAUGGCAGGAAUUUCAGGGGAAGCAGAAAGCGUAAGUCUAGAACUUCUCAGGCAAAAAAUGAGAGAUUUUGCUAAGGAAAGAGGAUGGGAACCUCAUCAUACUCCUAGGAACCUUCUUUUGGCUCUGGUAGGAGAAAUGGGAGAACUAUCAGAAAUAUUCCAAUGGAAAGGAGAAGUGGAAAGAGGUUUACCAAACUGGAAAGAAGAAGAGAAAGUUCAUCUUGGAGAAGAACUUUCAGAUGUUCUUCUUUAUUUGAUUCAACUCUCUGAUAGUUGUGGUGUUGAUCUUGGUCAAGUUGCUCUUCGCAAGAUUCAACUUAAUGCUCUUAAGUACCCUUCUAACAAAUAAAUUACUAUAUCUUCUACUUAAUCUACAUUGUCAUUAGUCUCAUUACUCUUAAUCAUUGUUUGAUUUUCAAUUGA